CAAUUCUGCUGCUCUCAGAGGGGCCACUGGGCCCAGAGGAGGACACACCAUGACCCCCACCCUCACAGCCCUGCUCUGCCUGGGGCUGAGUGUGGGCCCCAGGACCUGCGUUCAGGCAGGAACCCUCCCCAAACCCACCCUCUGGGCUGAGCCAGGCCCUGUGGUCCCCUGGGGGAGCCCUGUAACCCUCUGGUGUCAGGGGACUCUGGGGGCCCAGGAGUUCCAUCUGAAUAAAGAGCAAAGCCCAGCACCCUGGGACAUAGAGAUCACACGGACGCCCAGUCACAAGGCCAAGUUCUCUGUCACCUACUUGGCAGAGCAGCAAGCAGGGAUAUACAGGUGUCUCUAUCUCAUCUCCUCUGACUGGUCAGAGCCCAGUGACCCCCUGGAGCUGGUGGUGGUUUCAGGAUCCUACAGCAAACCCUCCCUGUCAGCUCUGCCGAGCCCUGUGGUAACCCCAGGAGGGACCAUGACCCUCCAGUGUGCCUCAGGGCAGAGAUUUGACAGGAUGGUUCUGACUCAGCAAGGAGAAGACACGUCCCCCUGGACCCUGGACACUCAGCCACACCCCAGUGGGCAGGUCCAGGCCCUGUUCCGUGUGGACCCUGUGACCCCCAACCACAGGGGGAUGUUCAGAUGCCAUGGAUAUUACAGUGACAGACCCCAGGUGUGGUCACCCCCCAGUGAGUCCCUGGAGCUCCUGGUCUCAGCCCCUCAGCCCCAGGACCACAGGGUGAAGAACCUGAUCCGGAUGGGCGUGGCUGCCCUGGUGCUGCUGGCCCUCGGGGUCCUGCUGUGGGAGGCUCGGCACAGCCAGAGGAGCACCCAGGGUGCCACCACCAGGAGGGUGGCAGAGUGA